UAAGAUCCAUAAAGUUCCUACUUUUAUUUUUCUCUAAUAUAUAUUUAUUAAAGGAAGCUCAUUUCUUUUUAUCUGUUUUUUUUUUUUCCUUUUUCCUUUCGGAUCAAAGAGUUUAAUAUGGCAGGGUAGACUUUCCGGUUUCGAACCAUGGAAGCGAGAGAAAAAACUUCAUCAAACGGCGGCGAAACAAGCAUGUCGGAGAAGAAAACCGAGAAUGGAAGCGCAGUUGUUGUAGAAAUUCGAACAGAAUCUGAGUCUGCCAAAAAGGGCUCAGAAUCUCCAUUUCCCAAACAGCUAACCAAAACAGAUUCUCCUCAGAAAGUCUCUACAGAAUCCACUGGUAUAUCCAAGUCGGUCCCAGUAAGCUGUCCUUCGCCGGAGAUUGGCCGGUUCAGUCCAAGCCCUAACAAGCCUCCGAAGAUUCCGGCCACCUAUGACACUCUCACUCGGAGGAAAUCGCUCAACCGGUCGGUCUUCUCCCGGCCCAAGUCCCGAUUCGGCGAGCCGUCUGUUCCGAUCGACUCCGCCAUGUUUGAAGAGCACAAUGGCUCGGGCCAGAUCGGCCUCGGCUCGCCUUAUAGAGGCUCCUUCAACAGGGCUUCGCCGAACAAUGUCUCGACCGCUCGGACGGUCUCGAUCGCGCAGAAAUCGGCGGCGGAGGAUGAGGACGAGGAGAUUUACAAGAAGGUCGUGCUCAGCGAGGAGAAGCGGAAGAGAGUGAAGGCCAAGGUUCUGGUCGAGUGGAUUAUGUUUUUGUUUCUCGUUGUUUGUUUGACGGCAAGUUUGACGGUUGAGGGAUUGGAGAGUACUAAGCUUUGGGAGUUGGAGCUUUGGAAGUGGGUUGUUCUUGUGAUGGUGAUCAUCUGUGGAAUGUUGGUCACCAAUUGGUUUAUGCGCAUAGUCGUUUUCGUCAUCGAGAGGAACUUUUUGCUUAGGAAGAAGGUUUUGUACUUCGUCCAUGGAUUGAAGAAGAGCGUUCAGGUCUUUAUUUGGUUGUGUCUUGUGCUUCUAACAUGGGUCCUUGUGUUUAACCAUGGAGUUAAGCGUCCGGAAACUGCCAAUAAGAUUUUACACUACGUGACUUGGACUCUUGUGACGCUUCUAAUUGGAGGGUUUAUUUGGCUGAUAAAGACUCUUUUGUUGAAGAUUUUGGCGUCCAAUUUUCAUGUCAAUACUUUCUUUGAUAGGAUUCAGGAGUCGAUUUUCCAUCAGUAUGUUUUGCAGACCCUUUCGGGGCCUGCGCUGAUUGAGGAGGCCGAGAAGGUCGGGAGGUCGCCGAGCAUGGGGCAGUUGAGUUUCAGGAGUACUAAGAAAGGAAAGGCGGCUAAAACUAUUGAGACGAUCGACAUGGCCAAUCUUCACAAGAUGAAGCAAGAGAAGGUCUCGGCUUGGACCAUGAAGGUUCUGGUCGACGCGGUUAGUAGCUCGGGCCUUUCGACGAUCUCAAACACAUUGGACGAGAUGGAGAAUGGCGCAAUGGAGCAGAUGGAUAAGGAGAUUACAAGCGAGAUGGAAGCAACUGCCGCUGCCUAUCACAUUUUCAGAAAUGUUGCUCAACCUGGUUCUAAGUUCAUUGAUGAGGAUGAUCUCUUGAGAUUCAUGAUUAAGGAAGAAGUGGACAUUGUGCUUCCGCUGUUUGCAACGGACAAUGGGCGAAUUGAUAGAAAGGCUCUGACUGAUUGGGUGAUUAAGGUGUACAAUGGUCGAAAAGCACUAGCACAUGCUCUGAAUGACACCAAAACGGCCGUAAAGCAACUGAACAAGCUUGUAACAGGCAUCCUCUUUGUUGUGAUCAUUUUGGUGUGGCUUCUACUGAUGGAAAUCGCUACCACAAAGGUGCUUGUCUUCCUCUCUUCACAGCUUGUGGUGGCGGCUUUCAUGUUUGGAAACACCUGCAAGACCAUUUUCGAAGCCAUCGUGUUUGUAUUCGUAAUGCAUCCGUUUGAUGUUGGUGACCGCUGUGUUAUUGAUGGAGUUCCGCUGCUUGUUGAAGAGAUGAACAUCUUAAACACAGUCUUCUUGAAACUCAACAAUGAAAAGGUAUACUAUCCAAAUUCAGUUCUGUCCACAAAGCCCAUCAGCAACUAUUACAGAAGCUCAGAUAUGGGUGAUACUGUUGAAUUCUCAAUUGAUUUCAUGACACCAGUUGAGAAGAUAGGCCACCUGAAAGAUAAAAUAAACAAGUACAUAGAGAAGAAUCCACAACAAUGGCAUCCCAACCACAGUGUGGUGGUUGUUGAGAUCGAAAAUGUCAACAAGUUAAAGAUGGCUCUCUAUGUUAACCACACCAUAUCGUUUCAAGAGUAUGGAGAGAAGAACAAACGACGAACUGAACUAGUCAUGGAGAUUAAAAGGAUUUUCGAAGAGCUGAACAUAAAAUACUAUCUGCUGCCGCAAACAGUUCAUCUUGGCCAGAGUGUUUCAGACACAAACGCUAUCCAAAGAUGAGUUCCACUUUGCACUGCUCAAGCUUCCGUUGGUUAAUCCUCGUACUUGCAGGUCCAGACAAUAGCAUAAUGUUCUUAUGAGACGUGGCACAUUAAAAUGAAAGUUUUAACUUGAAAAUGAUUAGUUUUGAGACCAUCAAUGAAGUGUGCCCAAUUUGAAGACAUUAAAGAUGGAUUCUAGAUGUUUUUCAAGAGUGGGAAAUAUAGAGUAAAGCCGUUGAUGGCUUUUUUUCACUUUUAUGAAAAACCCAAUGAUACUAACAUCUCUUGUAAGUCUACAACCAAAUUUGCUUCAAACAAAUUGUCGAUUGAUUUCUUUCGAUAAGUUGUGAAUUUCCAGACUUGGCUUCUUUUUAAAAUUUUCUGUACAACAAUUCCCGCAUGCUCAUGAAUAAACCUUGCGUCUUCUUCGGUGUA